AGGCAGGAGCUGGAACUGCACCCAAACUGACACCCAGCACAAAUGCGACUGUUAUUUUCUUUAGAUUUUUAUUAUAUGGAACUGAGAUUAUGAGAUGCUCCUGAUUUUAUCAUUUAACAGAGAAUAUUUUAUUCUCACAGGAUUUUACAUGAAUGCAAAGUGGACUCUGAUGUGAGAGAGAGGUAGACACAGGGCUGUGUGUGUGUGUGUGUGUGUGUGUGUGUGUGUGUUUCACAUCGGGACAGUCUUGGCUAGCUCGCUAGCAGGCAGGGCUAGCUGCUGCAUAUUCCAGUGAAGCAGGCGACUUAAAGAGAGGACUUGUUCUUGAAAUAACAAGAAAACAAUCCCGUUUCCAUGGACAACACGUCCAUCAUUACCCAGGUAGCAAAUCCAAAGGAGGAGGAAAUCAUUUCUUCGAGUCAAGAAAAAGUCUUGCAGUCGAACAGCAGCUUAAAGAAACACAGGAGCAGGAGCAUCUUCAGCCCUUUCUUCUGCUGCUUCCGCAACUACAAUGUGGACCCGCCGCUUCAGAACAACAAGACGUGUUCGCUGCCUCCACCUGCUGAGGAGAACAGCGGCUCUCCUAAGUGUGAUCAGGUCCAGGUCAUCCCUAUCCCCAGUUCUCCAGCCAAAUACCUCCUACCUGAAGUCAGCAUCACGGACUACGGCAAGAACUGCGUGGUGAUCGACCUCGACGAGACCCUGGUACACAGCUCCUUUAAGCCCAUCAGCAAUGCAGAUUUCAUCGUUCCUGUGGAAAUCGAUGGAACGGUCCAUCAGGUCUACGUGUUAAAGAGACCUCAUGUGGACGAGUUUCUGCAGAAGAUGGGUGAACUGUUCGAAUGUGUGCUCUUCACAGCCAGCUUAGCUAAGUAUGCUGACCCCGUGGCAGAUCUGCUCGAUCAGUGGGGUGUGUUUCGUGCGCGCCUCUUCAGGGAAUCCUGCGUGUUCCACCGAGGGAACUACGUCAAAGACCUCAGCCGGCUGGGCCGACAACUCAGCAAAGUGAUCAUAGUGGACAACUCGCCCGCCUCGUACAUCUUCCACCCGGAGAACGCCGUCCCGGUGCAAUCAUGGUUUGAUGACAUGACAGACACGGAGCUGCUGGACUUGCUGCCUCUGUUUGAGGGUCUGAGCAGAGAGCAGGACGUUUACAGCGUGUUACAGAGCCUGAGGGCCAGGUAGCACUGACACACACUUACGAUUCAGAGACUAUACGGCUCUACCAGGAACACACUCCAGCAUCGCUGGUCAGGCCAAGCUGAUGCCUCUAGACGGCGCUACUGUCUCACACAGGGGAGGACGGAUGGUUCACCUAAGUGGACAAACCCUUCGUGUGCAGUCUGAAUAUUAUCGGACCGUAUGCCACCCAGAGACACAGAAAAUGUGUACAUAGCAUAUGUUUCUAAACUUGCCGGAGAACAAGAAAGAAUUUUUGUAAGUUUCGACUUUACAAUCCUAAAGUUAAAUAUAUACCAGAAAACAAGGAAAAAGACAUGUUACGGAGGGUUUGGAAGAUGCUGUAGCGACUCGACCCUUCGGUUCAUGCUAUGCAGACAGUCAUUUCUCGAUCAGCAGUCUCCCCAACUGUGAUUUUUCUCUUACCUAAAGAAAGUGCCUUCUGAACGUUUUUAUGAACACAUAAGCGACAUUUUUAUAUGCUGCGUAUUUCCAGACCUUUAAUCAAAUAUUUGCUGUAAACCCAAGUGGACAGACAAGCCUUUAUUUUAACACUGUUUAUUUAUUUUUCUUUUCCCCAGUGAUUUCCUCCAGUCGUCAUUGAGCUAAAUGAACUGUGAUUGGAAAAAACAGACCUUUCUCUGGUUUUAUUUUUGAGAAAAAAAAAAAAAAAGAAAAAAAAAUCAUAUGAGCAUUGUGUUGAUGGGAAAAAUCCUGAUUAGCAUCUAACUGCAAUUUGAGUAAAUGACAUGGAAACUGUUAAUCAGCACUCAAAUACAAUACAGUAUGAGCAUUUAUGAGCAUUUACCAGAAUCUAAAUAAAUGUUGCAAUCGAUAUCAGACAUGGCUCAAAGGUUAUCGUCUUUUAAACCCCCCAUAGAGGAAGCAGAAUAUAAGGUUUACAGUUUACACAUCUGCCAUGUUCUCUUUUGGUAAACUCUUCAGUAGUACAGACUAAAACAAGGUUCAAAUUGAGAUUUGUUUGUUUGUUUUUGUUUAUAUUUGAGGGGAGGAUAAAUGUUAUUUAUUUAGUUGUUUGUUUGUUUGUUUAUCCAUCCUUGAGGGAAGAAUACUUGUUUUUGUUUGUUUAUUUGCUUGUUUAUCCAUCCAUCUUUGAGUGACAGAUUUGUUUGUUUGUUUGUUUGUUCGUUCAUUGAUGGUUUUUUUUUUUUCUCACAAUUUACAAGGACGUAAAAUCUUACAAGGCCACAGAGUUAUAGAUAAUAGGUAAAUAUGUAAAUUGAUGUAGUGUACAUUUUAUCCAUUUAUAGUUACAUAUAUUGUUGCUGAACGUACGUGAAGUGCGCUACAUUUCCCACGUAAAAUUCCCACGUAUUAAAUUCUCUUGAAAAUCACUGUUUGUUAUGAUAGAAAGUCCUCUGUCCUGAAGACGUAACUGUGGUGAAAAGUUUAUGGUUACAAAUAUGGAGACUUCAUCACCACAUCAACGAUUAUAUGCUUUUCCCUUGUUAAAUAACGUUUUUUUUUAUUCGUGGCAAGUGAUCAUGCUCAAGUGACAUGAUACAAUAAAAUUGUACUGUUUCAUGGUUUGAAAAUCAAAUGUUUCCUUUUCCACUUUGUACAAUUUCUGAAAAUGUAAAUAUGUCACAAGAAUCACCAAUUUUCAGAAACACAGUGUUUCCCAAAUUGUAUUUUUGAUAGUAUUCCCAAAUCAGUUCUGCUGUUGCCUGCAAUUUGAAAGACGUGUGUGUGACGUCCAUGGUCCAAAUCAUAACCAGCCACUGAUUCUUGCGAGGCAAGGUAAGAAAUAUGUAACUGGAAUCUCAGAUUGAGUCACAGGCACACAAUUUGAUUUAAUCAGAUGCUUUAUUUGUUUUGGUCUGAAUGACAUGAACCUUGCUCUGUAGACGGAAAUGUGAAUUUUCAGACAGCACCAGAGUUUUAUUUGCUAAAGGAGUCAGCAAUGUAGCCACUUCGUGUGAUUAAUAGACGUGAAGAGGUUCAGUGCGCUGGCACUGUGUCAUAGCAGACGCCACUGAAGUCAGUAAUGUUCUCAAUUUCAUAUAAUAUAACGUCACUUGUGUUUUUGACUUUUUGAUAUUAAGUCUAUUAUAAUUCAUUCAUGUUUUAGUGGUGCUGUGCUUCUCAGUGAACUCUUUCAUACUUUCACCAUUUACAUCCUACGUCAAGAUCAUCUCCUCUGUUGUAAUAUGAAACUCUAGGGAAGCCGUAUUUCACUGAUGUCAUCCCAGUCAUGUUUCAUUGCUUGAGGCAUUUUCCAUUCAUCCCAAAUGUGUUGACAC